UGUCUCUGAUGGGCUGCACGGUGAGUCAUGAGGACAAGGCGGCCCGGGAACACUCCCGGGACAUAGACCGAACCCUGCGGGAGGAUGGAGAAAAAGCGGCCAAGGAGGUCAAACUGCUGUUGCUCGGUGCGGGAGAGUCGGGGAAGAGCACCAUAGUGAAGCAGAUGAAGAUUAUUCAUGAGGAUGGAUACUCAGAAGAUGAGUGUAAGCAGUACAGAGCCGUGGUCUACAGCAACACCAUCCAGUCCAUCAUGGCCAUCAUUAAAGCUAUGAGCAACCUCAAGAUCGAAUAUGAGGACCUUGCUAGAGCUGACGAUGCAAGGCAGCUGUUUGCCCUGGCUGCAGGCGCGGAGGAGCAGGGUCUGUUCCCCGAUGAUCUCUCCAGCAUCGUCUCUCGUCUGUGGGCCGACGGAGGAGUGCAGAACUGUUUCGCCCGUUCCAGAGAAUACCAGCUCAACGACUCUGCUGCUUACUACCUGAAUGACCUGGAGAGAAUAGCCAAAGCAGACUAUAUCCCGACCCAGUCUGAUGUGCUGAGGACUCGAGUUAAGACCACGGGCAUCGUCGAGACGCAUUUCACAUUCAAAGAUCUCCAUUUUAAGAUGUUCGACGUUGGAGGUCAGCGUUCCGAGAGGAAGAAAUGGAUCCACUGCUUCGAGGGCGUCACUGCUAUCAUCUUCUGCGUGGCCAUGAGCGCCUAUGACCUGGUGCUGGCUGAGGACGAGGAGAUGAACCGCAUGCACGAGAGCAUGAAGCUGUUUGACAGCAUCUGCAACAACAAGUGGUUUACGGAGACGUCUAUCAUCCUCUUCCUCAACAAGAAAGACCUGUUUGAGCAGAAGAUCGCACACAGCCCUCUUACCAUCUGCUUCCCCGAGUACCCAGGAUCCAGCACAUACGACGAGGCGUCUGUGUUCAUCCGCACCAAGUUUGAGGAUCUGAACAAGAAGAAGGACGGCAAGGAAAUCUACUCGCACUUCACAUGUGCCACAGACACCGAGAACAUCCAGUUUGUGUUCGACGCCGUCACCGACGUCAUCAUCAAGAACAACCUGCGUGACUGCGGACUGUUUUAGAGGAAGGGCUAGCUGACAUUAGGCCCAGACUUGAACUGGAGUGAUGAGCAGGUGAAGGUGAAGGUGUUCUGACUGACUGCACUGUAACUGUUUCCUGCUUCAGCCUGCUUAUGGAAUAAAUAGACGGAGCUUUCACCAUUUUCUCGACCAUCACCUUUCCCAACCCACCAGUGUUCCUUUCCCUCCCUCCCUCAGUCUCUCUCUCUCUCUCUCUCUCUCUCUCUCUCUCAUUCCUUCACUCACAGCAUCACAUCUAUUUUUUUCCUGUUUGAAUUUUAGACUGCAGCUUCAUCAUCUUAUCAUUAUUAACCUCCUUUCGGGCUUCAACCACAAAGAUUUUAUUUUUUUUCUUUUCUUUUUAAAUCAAUGUUUUAUUUUUCUCCUUUGUGUAUUUUUGAUUAUUAGCAGAGCUAAAAAAAAAAAAAAAAAAAAAAAACAUUUUAUAUAAAUACUUUCGUUUUAGUCUAGAGAAUCUGAUGUGCGGAUUUUAUUAAACAUUUAAUUGCAUAAAGUGUUUUUAUAGAAGCAGCAGCUACAAAGAGAGAAAUCAGAUUGACAAAAGGAAAGAUUUUGUAAAACAAUAAAAUAAAAAUGUUUACACGUCGCCAAACAAAACGUCCUCGUGCAUCACACAGUCUCUACAGACAUUCCUUUUUCAAAUAACCUUAAAAACAAAAAAUAGCAUUUCAGCCACACACUGGAUCUGCAGACACCACAGAGCGGGUUAGUGAGGGUUCAGGAGUCGGAACUCUGAAGUGUGUGUGUGUGUGUGUGAGGACAGAUCUUUCUCAUCCAUUCCAUCCUGUGCCUUUAUUAUUAUUAUUAUUAUUAUUAUUAUUAUUAUUAUUAUUCUUUAUUAUUCUUUAUUAUUAUCCUCACAUCCAUCUCUCUCUCUCUCUCUCUCUCUGUACACUGACACCGUGUAAGGAGGAAAUGUUAUUAUAAGUAAUGAGUCAAAAACAAUUUAAUUAAUAAAAAGGGUAGUGUUUUUUGCUGAAGGUUAAAUAAAAGUCCUGUAUAAUGAUUUAAUUUAAAUAAAAGUUAAGUCACUAGA